AUAGCCCUUCAUCAAAAGCAUAAGAGCAGUACUCAAGUACUCUAAUCUACUUGUUCUUGCUAAAUUGUGAAUUCUGCAUAUCUGCUUAAUUCAGCUAAAAGCAUAUAUGGCGCCAGUUGCAGCUGGGAGUGGAAGACCUUGUAAGCCGAAGGUAUCAUCCCAAUCCAUUAUAUUGAUCUAUGCUUUAUGCUUCUUCUUUUCUUUUAUCGUGGAUUACUAUGUCUAACUCGAAUUCAUAACUUUUAGUGUUUUACAUUCUAUAUGUUUGAGAUUUAUUACUUGAAUAUAUAUGAAGGUAAUGGCGUUUUUCUGGUAGUAAAGUGCACUAAAAUCA